AAUGAAUUAAAAUAAAGAGAAUGAAUAUUUAGUUGAUGUCUAAAGUUAUUUCACUAACAAGUGUAUUACAUCAGCAAGAAGUACCUCAUUACAUGAAGAUAAUACAAUGAAAUUUAGUAGAAACAAGAAUUUAUUUGAAUAAAAACAAUAAGAAAAUGAAAAAGUUAAAUUAUUUACUAAUAAAAUUUAGGAAUUAAAAAAGAAAUGGUCAGAUAUAGCUAAAGAUUGGUAAAGAAAUAAAAGAGAUGUGAAAGUAUUUCAAUUAGCAGAAUUUGGUAUACCUAUUAGUGCAAGAAAAUAAAUCUGGCCUUUAAUUGUUGGAAAUAAGUUAUAAAUUACUAAAGAACUUUAUAAUAUCUUACAAAUUCAAAGUAAAACAUUUAAAAUGGACUCAAGAAAACCAUUAGGAAGAUUGUCUUCAUUUAAUCAUAUCAAAUAAGAUUUAGGGAGAACUUUCAAAAAUGAAAGUAUUGAUCUUUAUAAUGGCAUAAUUAGGUUUACAAAAGAUCUUUCAUCCUGGAGGACCUUUAAGUGAAAACUUAUAAACCAUUCUUGAAGUAUUUUGCUUAUAUAGACCUGAUAUUGGUUAUGUAUAAGGUAUGACUUAUGUUGGAUCAAUCUUAUUAACAUAUUUUGAUGAUUAUCAAGCUUUUGUUAUUUUUAGUAGUUUAAUAACACAUCCUCAAUUAAUAUCAAUAUUUAUGCUUGAUGAACAGAAUCUCUAAAUAAUAUUUCAAUAAUUUGAAAAACUAAUUAAACUCAACAUACCUCAAGUUUAUAAACUAUUUAAAUAAUAUAAUAUAAAUUGUACUAAUUAUUUGUUAGAUUGGAUAUUAACUCUAUAUGCAAAACCUUUGAAUCCAGAUAUUGUAGGUAGAAUUUGGGACAGAAUGUUAUUUAAUGGUACACAUAUUCUAUGGAAAUGUGGAAUUGCUAUAUUAAAGAUAUUAGCUCCAAAAUUUAAAGAUUAAGAGAAAACUCUUUAGAGUUUAAAGAAUCCUGAUAUUAAAGAUGAUGAUUUAUUAUAAGAGAUGAAGAGUGUUAAUUAUCCCUUUGAGAUUUAAGAGGUUUUAGGUAAUAUUGAAUUAUGAU